AUGUCACACGCACGCUCCUCGUUUUUAUUUCAAGUCCUCUCCCUUUCCACCGACACCCCCACGACUUCUUUCACUAGCCCCCCGCAAGAACAACCUGCCACCGCUGCCGCCGCAUAUCCUCCUCUCGGCUCUCCGAGAAGUGCACCCACAGACUGGCCCGACGAAGCGGAGGAGAUAAUCUGCUACUACAAAAAGAUGCGCGAAGAAGGCAACUCACCCCUCCUUGACCCCGCGAGGGUACCUGAUGAUGUUUAUAUGGGUAUGGAGGAGGACAUCAAGAACCGGCGCCUUUUGAAUAAAUGGAAGAAGAGAAGAGAUCUCGACGAUUUUAGGAAGUUUGUUAUGGAUUACUUUGGGAUUGUUGAAGAGAGAGAGGAAGAAGAAGAAGAAGAAGGACUCGAGGAAGAAGAAGAGGAGGACGAUGAAAAGGACCUUGAAGAAUACGAAGACCUCGAAGAUGACCUUGAAGAAGACCUCUCGGACCUCGAAGACCUUGAAGAAUACGAAGACCUCGAAGACGACCUUGAAGAAGACCCCUCGGACCUCGAAGACGACCUUGAAGAAGACCUCUCGGACCUCGAAGAAGACCUCUCGGGCCUCGAAGAAGACCUCUCGGGCCUCGAAGAAGACCUCUCGGGCCUCGAAGAAGACCUCUCGGACCUCGAAGACGACCUUGAAGAAGACCUCUCGGACCUCGAAGACGACCUUGAAGAAGACCUCUCGGACCUCGAAGACCUUGAAGACGAACACCUCGAGGAAAAAGAUGACUCAGAAGACGACUGGGACCCCAUCUCAGACCUGGAAGAUUUCUCAUUCUAUAAUGACGAGGAACACGAUGACGAGGAACACGAUGACGAGGAACACGAUGACGAAGAACACGAUGACGAAGAACACGAUGACGAGGAAUACAAUAACGAAGAACACGAUGACGAAGAACACAAUAACGAAGAACACGAUGACGAAGAACACGAUGCCGAUGAACACGAUUACUACAGCGAUAUUAUUGAGGGGCUCUCCGACUACGAGCUUCACAUCCGCAACAUCAUCCUAUACUUGCACUUGAGAAGCCACGUCGAGCCAUUACCCUGGCGUACCCUCCGCUCCAUGGCCGAGCUGCACGCCAGCCUGCUUGGCGACAUACGAGAUGCCUAUCAUGCCAGACAACAACAACAACAACAACAACAACAACAACAACAACAACAACAACAACAACAACAACAACAACAACGGGACCGCCUUUACAGGUCAAACGCCGAACCAGGCGCAGCAGAGAUCAUACGGCGGGCGGCAAUAGCAACGGCGUCAAAUGCGGAAUCUAUGCGCUUGUUACGGGACUACCGUGCUCGUCUCCGCGCUGAAUUGCAAGAGGCUUGUCGGGCUAGGGAGGUCAGGCGAAGUCUGGCAAGGAUGUCAGAGGCAGCAAUAGUAGCAGACUUGGCAGCAUUGAACGGCUGGUAG